GUUUGUUAUUAAGGUGUACUAGUUGGGUCAAAGAGUUGUUAUUUGUUCCUUUGGGUCGACAUAGAGUCGGGUUUAGUUUUGUUAAUUGAAUAAUUCUAAGCCUCAAAAAAAUCUUAAGAAUUAAACUGUCUUCUUCUUCGGUCCCAGCCAAAAAUCCAGAAGAUUCUUAAAUCUCAUUUCUGCGGCGUAGGUGAAGUCUUAGCGAUAAGCUUUGUUUCUUCUUCUUCUUCUUCUUUACCCAUGGAUUUUUAACGAACAAGAGAAGAGAAGAACCAAGUUUUCUUCGAAAGGAUUGAACUUUGUUUCUUUCUCUUCAGCUACAACAACCAAAAAAUGAUCAAGCUUUGCUUCAUGACUUCUCAUGGUUAUUCAAUCCCUGGCCUUGGUCUUCCUCAAGACCUCUGCAACACCGAAAUCAUCAAGAAUAGCCGGUCUCAUCUGGUGAAUCCCGGAGCAAGACAAGAGAUCAUACCUGCAAGCUCCUUCAAUCUGAAUACAGAACUCUUGGAACCAUGGAAACCGGUUUCUUCAUUUAGCCAAUUCGUGGAGAUUGAUUCAGCCAUGAUGAAACCUCUGCUCAUGGAUGUUCAUGAGACGGCACCAGAAUCUCUGAUUUUGAGCUUUGGAAUCGCUGAUAAGUUUGCAAGACAAGAAAAGGUGAUGGAGUUUCUUCUGUCUCAGUCAGAGGAGUUCAAGGAAAAAGGAUUCGAUAUGUCGCUGUUAAAUGAAUUGAUGGAGUUUGAGUCUAUGAAAUCCAGUUCUCAGCUACGACCGUAUGAUACUUCCUCUGUUCUUUACUUGAAUCAAGAAUUAGGGAAACCGGUUUUGGAUCUCGUUAGGGAUAUGAUGGAGAAUCCAGAGUUCUCUGUGCGAUCGAAUGGUCAUGUUCUGUUCUCUUCAAGUAGCAAUCCUGAGUUGAAUGAUCUACUUUCUAUUGCUUCCGAGUUCAAUUUGUCAAGGAAUUCAACAACAAAAUGGAGACAGCUCUCACCGCUUAUCCCACACUUUCAGAGGUUUGAAAGUGACGUAUUUACACCGGCUAAGCUGAAAGCAGUUACAGUGCUAGCACCUUUGAAGAGUCCUGAGAAAAGCAGGCUCAAGUCACCAAGGAAACACAACACGAAGCGAAAAGCUAAAGAGAGGGACCUAUACAAAAGAAAUCAUCUCCACGCUUACGAGAGCCUUCUCUCUUUAAUGAUAGGCAAUGAUCAUCGACACAAACACACAACAGUACUCUCUUUACAGAAAUCAUGUGGAGAGCUCUCAGAGCUUCUGACUCAGUUCUCUAUCACUGCUGCUGGAACUGGAAUCGCUGUGCUCUUUUCUGUCGUAUGUAGCCUUGCUUCAAGGCGUGUACCCUUUUGCGCAAAUAAGUUCUUCGACACUGGGCUUGGUUUGAGUUUGGUAAUACUGUCAUGGGCUGUGAAUAGACUCAGGGAGGUGAUUGUUCAUGUCAAUAGGAAAGCGAACAAGCCAUGUUCAAGUUUGAAAGAUGACGAAAUCAUAAACAGUGUGGAGAGAAGUAUGAAGGAGGUUUACUACAGAGCUGCAACGGUAAUCGCGGUGUUUGCGCUUAGGUUUGCAUGUUGAAAAAUCGGGGUGAGAGGUAAAAAUCUUGAUUUACUACUCCAUGGAAAGCUUCUAAAAGGUCGUUUGUAAAUGACUAAAACUUGUUUAGUAGCUGUAAAUGUGAAAGAUGAUAUUAUGUGGUAGAACCUAAGAUUAAGAGGUGAAGAAUUUUGAAGAGAAUAAAUGUUUUGCAAGAAUGCGUUUGUUCCAUCACUACAAGCUCCAACAUUUCUUCAUCCUCCACCAUAUCAAUUUUGUUCAAGAAGCACACAAGUGAUGGAAUACCAACCUGUGGCGAAUUACAACCUAAAAAAACAGUCAUAAUUUCUUCAGUAGCUUUUCGAUCAAGUCACACAACAAUGAUGUUCUUCGGUUUGAACAUAUGGUAAAGUAAGGGCCAUGAAACUUUAAUUGUGUGAAGAGAAUGAAAUCAGAGCCUCGCGUUGACGACCCUGCUUGUACUGGUAAAUCAGUAGUUUGCAUAUUUCGUCUACUAUGCUCGUCCUAUUUGCGUUGUUUGACCCCUUCUUGUAAUGGAAGUUGUAACACAAACAUAAAUAAUAACUAGAGGGAACGACGACAUUUAUUUUCUUUUCAACAAUAUAACUAGUUCC